AUGUGGAACCUGGCCUCCAGAUCAGAGAGCGACAUCGUUCAGAAACUGAAGAAGGAACUCCAGCUGGUACUCGCGGAGCUGAAAGAUCGCGACAAGGAGCUGAACAACAUGGUGGCUGUACACCACAGGCAAUUUUUGGCUUGGGAGGAGGAUCGUCAGAAAAUACUGACGCUGGAAGAACGAAGCAGCAGGAUUGAAAAUGAGCUACAUAAGAGAAACGAAAUGAUAUCCACCUUGAGCCAGAGAUUAAAACUUCUGGGGUCCCUGCAGAAUGACUGCAGUUCGACACUCGAAAACACUCAGCAGAAGCUGCAGGAGUUGUCUCGAAAAGCAUCCGACACUUCUCUUCAAUGUCAGAGCCUCGAGGAGAAAAACCAAACCUUGGUUGGCUCCGUGAUGGAUCUUUCCAACCAAGUGGGUCAACUCCAGGCUAGAGAACAGGAACUUCUGACGCUUUUAAGACUCAAGGAUGACGAUAUCCUCGAAGCAACCAAUCAAAUCACCGAGUUUACCAGCAAAUUUAAAAAGUUAGAAAGUGCCCUGUGCGCAUACAGGACGCAAGAAAGAAGUUUCACCGAGGAGAAGCAGAAUUUCAAACUCCGGCUGAAGGAAAUUACGUCGGAAGCGAGCAGACUCAAAGGGGAUCUAAGUGAAAAAACAAGGAGAAACAGUGCGCAGAGGGAAGAAAUUAUACAGCUCAAGCAAGAAAAUGUUUAUUUAAGUAACGAAUUAAUGCUUACCGCCGAGAGGGAAAAUCGAAAAGUCCAGCUGCUUCUGUCAGCCAAAUCGAAGCAGCUUCGGACGGACACGGAACUGAACAAUUUGAGACAGAUCUACCUGAAGCAGCAGCAGGAUCUCCAGUUCCUGCAUUUUCCACCUGGAAACUUCCCAGGAGAAACACAGGACAGGAUCGCGGGAUGGAAGCCCAGGGAUGGUUUUGGCGGAUCUCGAGAGCAAGUGGCGGACCGAGAUUCCCUCGGCGGCGACAGUCGGACGGGAGAUCCCCACCCAUUUCGUCCACCUCCCCGACUGCCCUUUGAAAAAAGCCGGGCACUCCUGCUCAGCCCAAAACAGGCAGCAAGAACAGCAGGCGAAGCAUGGACACCAAGGGCCCUUUUCGCCAUCCCAGGUGCCUCCGUCGGGAAGAGGGGAUGCUGAGCACUCCCAGGAGCAGCGGGGAGAUGGGAGAACGCUCGGACACGCAGCUGGACAAUCCCCGGGCGUCCAGAUCCAGGGAAACAGUUUGGACGCCGGAGCUGGCCCCUUCGCCGAGACACAAACAUUGGCUUGAGGCCAACUUCUGCGCGGCGACCGUCGGAUGUUUGGCGCCCAGGUUCUUCGACAAAGCCAGCGGGGACUGCAGAGAUGCCCCCGCAGACCUGGGCAGGAUCCCCCCUCGGCCCUGUGCGCCUCCUCCCCAUCCGGGGAACCACCCCGCCUGCUCGGCCUGCAGCGCCGUCCGUAAAGCCAGCCUCUACCGCUCCAACAGGAGUGGACCGAAAUGCUCAAGCCGGGGUGGAGAACGACAGCAGGGGCUUAUGGAGCGGGGAGUCCCCCCCGAAGCCUCCGGAUGGUCCCGAGUUGACAAGUGACCAGGAUGGGAGCCUGAACGGUUUUGACUGGGAUGGACCCUGUUUCACAUCAACCCAGGACUAAGCCUCCUGAGAUGCCUUCAGCCUCAAACCACGCUGCAGACCUCGGGCACCUACCGGGUGUAACCAGCU